AUGACAACAAUCAAUCGAGAAAUCAUAGAUACACUGAGAACCCAAUGCUCAGAGUACCAAACUGAAGACCUAAUGGACGACUGGGUGGAUGUGGAUGCAACCGAUGAUCACAAAAUCAUGCAUUCGACGUAUCAAAAUAUGGAAUCUAAAGACACCCAGACAAGCCUACCCAAAUCCAUGGAGGAUGCUCAAGACGCCCUGUACUCGUUUUACGACUUGCUAGCAGAGCGCUGGCCCCUUGAUUGCAAGGAUGCCCCCCAUUCGGCGAUGCUUAAACUAGUGGCAGACAGACAGAAUGUGGGCAAGAACGGAGGUACUACUCAAUUAUUUGAGUUUGACACGGUAUCUUCAACACACAGAAAGUCCUGGGUCCGAGUCAGGUUUCACGCUGAGGUUCCGGAACAUAUCUCCGAAAUGCCUCAGAGGGUGACGUUCCAGGAUUCAAGUCAAUCAGGAAACCGUCAUCAGUGCGAGAUAACGCGUUUGGAACUUUGCCGGAUGAUCGAAGCGUCCGAGAGUAACUGGAAAUGUCCUACUAUCAAUCUAGUGUCUGGGAAGACAGCAAAGACUAGAGGUGAUACGCCAGUCAAAUGUUCUAAGCAAGUGAUCACCUUGGAAAGCCUUGUCAGACCAAAAAUGGCAGCAGUAUCACUAAGAGAAAAUUCGGAUCUACCGCCAUUGACACUGCAUCAGAAGGCCAAGUUAGCCGUGGUGUUCGCAUCCAGCGUCCUCCAGCUAAGUAAGGACUCAUGGGGGGUCAAACCGCCUGAUGAGGAUCCUUGGAGUCAUGAAGGGCCAUGGUUGCAAAGAAACUGGAAAGAUACAGGCAUCUGCUUUUUGGAAAACUAUCUUGGAAAGCUCAGCCUUGGUGACCCAUAUUUGCCCAUCCCUAUUGAGGACCCAGCCCGGAAAUCAGCCCAGACGUCAGCCCAGAAAAUCGAUCUGCCAUAUCAAUCUGCGACUCUUGUUGCCUUAGCCCUGACCCUCCUGCACUUACAAAGUCAUGAAGAUAGGGUUCUUGAGGAAUUCGAUACAAUCUGCAAAAAUAUUAGGGCUGAGGGUUACCGCAAUCCGGACACCACGGAUUAUGUAGCUUUACUUCACCUAUUACAAGACUCGCAAGCUUUUCUCAACCAGGUAGAUGAUCAGUACAAAACAGCCAUUCAGGCAUGCCUAAGGGGAAGGCUUGUGGAUGCUAUCGGAGAAGAGGACGAGAGGACUGUUCAGCAAUAUUUCUUUCAAGACAUUAUCAUUCCACUCAACAGCUAUCUCAAGACACUUGAAUCCUCUGAAAACUUGAGUAUUCAGAAGAAGUAUAGUGAACAGAAGUGGAGUCUAUGGGAUGACCAUGACGGAGAGGAACACCAAGGGGACUCGACACUAUCCGGGUAUGCCGAUACGUGGUUCGAAAAAUUCGAGAGCAAAGUUCAAGGACUCGUCGACCUAAGCACAAGCCGUCACCAUAAGGAUCCUAUCAAAGUUGCCAUCAUCGAUACAGGCUUAGACUUUCCUCGAGAGGCACGCUCCUUAUAUAAGAAGCAGAUCAAGGAUUGCCGAACUUGGUUGUAUUGCGAUACAUCAAAGCAUAUCAAGAUGGAAGAUUUAUGCACUGAUUCAGAUGGACAUGGGACUCACUGUGCCUCCACUGUACUCAAGGUUGCACAGAAUGCUCAUAUAUACGUGGCCAAAGUGUUGGAAAUUCGAUCACAAGAAAAGGCGCGAAGUGAAACAACAACCCAAGCUAUCGUCAAGGCGCUUAAUUAUGCAAUUGAUGAAUGGAAGGUGGACAUAAUCAACAUGUCAUUUGGCUGCCGUAACAGGGUGGCAGAGAUUGACGAAGUCAUGGAGAGGGCGGAAAGAAAUAGAAUCAUCAUGGUUGCAGCAGCGUGUAAUCUUGGUGCACUAGAACCUAUUUCGUGGCCCGCGAAGUCGAAUCGAGUUAUCUGUGUUCACGCUGCCGACGGCUUUGGAAACCCUGCCCCUUUCACACCAGACCCUGAACCCAACAAUCACAACUUUGCUGCUCCAGGCAUGGCGAUAUUAGGGUACUGUCCAAAGGGUUCGGAUAAGCUGCAGCGGCGUAUGACUGGUACAUCAUGCGCAGCCCCUGUCGUUGCGGGAAUUGUAGCUGUGUUGUUGGAAUUCGUGCGCAAGCAUGAGGCCGAAUAUACGGACAAGCAUCGUCUUCUAGAGCUACUACGGGAACGACGAGGAAUAACUGCAGUUCUACAAAAAAUGGUUUCAAAAGGUGGAAGGAACAAGUAUGACUUUCUCAGUCCUUGGUCGCUCUUAGAUGUGGAACGUCCGUACCAACAUCACAUGAACACUAUAUUAGAGACAUUGGGAGCUGUUGGAUAG